CCUACAGUUCGUCCCCGGCCUUCACCCUGUGACAGACGCUUGGCUCAAGAUGAACCUCAACUUCACCGCCCCUCUACACCCAGCGUCUUCUCAGAGGCCCACGUCCUUCUUCAUUGAGGACAUCCUGCUGCACAAGCCCAAGCCACUAAGGGAGAUGGCCCCUGACCACUUUGCCAGCUCUCUGGCCUCCCGGGUGCCUCUGCUAGACUACGGCUACCCCCUCAUGCCCACACCCACCCUCCUGGCUCCUCACCCCCAUCACCCUCUGCAUAAGGGAGACCAUCACCACCCUUAUUUCCUCACCACCUCGGGGAUGCCUGUGCCGGCGCUGUUUCCGCACCCCCAGCACACCGAGCUGCCCGGGAAGCACUGCCGCCGCCGCAAAGCUCGCACGGUUUUCUCGGACUCGCAGCUCUCCGGCCUGGAGAAGAGAUUCGAGAUCCAGCGCUACCUGUCCACGCCAGAGCGGGUGGAGCUGGCCACGGCCCUCAGCUUGUCCGAGACGCAGGUGAAAACGUGGUUCCAGAACCGGCGGAUGAAGCAUAAAAAGCAGCUGAGGAAAAGUCAGGACGAGCCCAAAGCGCCAGAUGGGCCCGAGAGCCCUGAGGGCAGCCCCCGCGGCCCCGAGGCCGCAGGUGCAGAGGCUCGGUUGGGCCUGCCCGCUGGCCCCUUCGUGCUGACCGAGCCCGAGGACGAGGUGGACAUUGGGGACGAGGGGGAGCUGGGCCCAGGGCCGCACGUGCUCUGA